CUUCAUUCGGUGCCGCUAACCGGUCACAUCGUCCCACGUUUCCGUCUCGUCUGUUCCCUGGUUCUGCUUCUGCAGCGAUGGCUACCACRGUGAAACUCAACACCGGUGCUGAAAUGCCCAUUUUGGGACUGGGGACAUGGAAGUCUCCAUCUGGGAAGGUCACCGAGGCGGUGAAAGCGGCCAUCUUGGCCGGCUACAGACACAUCGAUGGGGCGUUUGUCUACCAGAACGAGGCGGAGGUGGGCGAGGGGGUCAAUACCAUGAUCAAGGACGGCGUGGUCAAGAGAGAAGAGCUCUUCAUCGUCAGUAAGCUGUGGUGCACUUUCCAUGAGAAGGCCCUGGUACGGMAAGCCUGUGAGAAGACUCUGAGUGAUCUGAAACUGGCCUACUUAGACCUGUAUCUGGUGCACUGGCCCAUGGGUUUUAAGCCUGGUGAUGAACUUUUUCCUUUGGACAGCAAUGGAGAAACAAUCAGUGAUAAUACUCACUUCCUGGAAACGUGGGAGGGAAUGGAGGAGCUGGUUGACGCUGGUUUGGUCAAAGCUAUCGGCAUCUCUAACUUCAACAAGAACCAGAUUGAAACCCUUCUCAACAAGCCAGGCCUGAAAUACAAGCCUGCUAAUAACCAGAUUGAGUGCCACCCAUAUCAGACUCAGGAGAAGCUAAUCAACUACUGCCACUCUCAAGGCAUCACUGUGACCGCUUACAGCCCUCUGGGCUCCCCAGACAGACCCUGGGCUAAACCAGAAGACCCGUCACUUUUAGAGGAGCUGACCAUUAAAGCCAUCGCUGAGAAGCACAAGAAGACCUCUGCUCAGGUCUUGAUCCGCUUCCAGCUGCAGAGGAAAGUGAUUGUGAUCCCCAAAUCCGUCACGCCUCAGCGCAUUCAGGAGAAUUUCCAGGUGUUUGACUUUGAGUUGACCGAGGAGGAAAUGAAAACAAUAUCAGCGUUCAACAGAAACUGGAGAGUCUGUCCGAUGCAAUGGGCUGUAAAACACAAGGACUACCCAUUCAACUCAGAGUUCUGAGCUGAGCCGUAACGUUCCACAGGUGCUGCUGGAGUCCGCUGCUCCACAUUCUCCACGUCCUUCCUGUCUAAAUUAAUGUUGAAUUAUUAUUUUUUUUUAAGAAGAAGUUGUCUUGGAGCUCAGGUUUAUAUUUGUUAUCUUGUCGCACAUCAAAUAUUGCUGCUGAAGCUUGUUUUUAAUGUGGCGUUACAGUAAGUUACUGAAGUACAAAACGUAUUUGAUGAUUUUCAUCUAGUUUAAAAGCAACAACUCGUAGCGUUACAUUUUAAAAUAUGACACUUUUUCAAAAUACCAGACUUUAUAUUUUUAUAGAAAAAAACGAAACACUCUUUUUUUCUACCAUUCUUUCAGAAGCAGCUUAUUUUUUUAUCAGUCAGAAAAAAUGAGUGCUUUAACUCAUGUUUGUUCAUUUCAGUGCAAAGUUGUAAACAUUUCCCUGUAAAACACAGAACAUGUGUUACACCUUCUCUUGGACUGAAUCAUACGUGGCAGUUUGUCGUGUGUUAAAAAGCACUUUGCUUUCACCUCCCAUGUUGUGUGUUUAUGUGUGUGAAGCACUCCAAUAAAAUCCUGUGAGAGAAAAUAA